AUCGUGGAUUACACGGAUACGCGUACGUCCAAGUCGUGUAGUAUUACAGAUAGUAUACAUAUAUACGUAUCGCUAUAUGUUAUAAUGACGAAAGUAUAGAGCAAGAAAUUAUUUCGUCGUCCGUUACCACGUGGCCACGAUCAUGUACGUUUACCUACGUACACAUGUGACUCGAUUUACCUAAAAAUAUCCAUAAGCCGAUGUAACGGUGUAUCAGUAGUGCAUCAGGAAGGUGUCAGAAUGGAUUUUUCGCAGUAUCGGAAAGCCCUGAUUUACGUUUUAACUUUCCUAGCGUACGCGUGGUCUGGCUAUGGCGCUGGUUUAUUAUCGAAUUUAAGAGAUGCUGUAUUAGCGGCAGAGUCGGUUUUUCAAGAUUUCUUCGAAAACGCGAUCACCGUGGCUAGAAAAAUCAAAGACAUACACGAAGUGUUUGACGCAGCCGUGGAAGAAACCUGCGUCUUCCAGUGUCCAGGAGGAAUCCCACCGAAACCGGAUUGGAACCAUAAACCGCAGAGCAACGGAUGCGGUUCCCUGGGAAUCGAAAUAAACCAAGAGUACUUGCCACUUACAGAAAUGACUAAAUGUUGCGACGCGCACGAUAUCUGUUACGAUACUUGUAAUUCGGAUAAGGAAAAGUGCGACUUGGAAUUUAAGAGAUGUUUAUAUAAAUAUUGCGAAGGGUAUCAAUCGUCCACCGUGAUCAACACGUGCAAAGCUGCCGCAAAAGUGCUGUUUACCGGUACCACGGCUUUAGGAUGCAAAAGUUAUAUGGACGCUCAAAAAGAAGCUUGUUACUGCGGAGAUAAAUGGAACAAGAACAAGAAACCGAAGAAAGCAGCUCAAGCGGGUGGAGAGCUAUGAAAAAGUAAUCCUCGUUUGCCUCGAUGAUCUGAAACUUUCAUUGUUUUAUAUUUCUAUUUGAAAUACGAAACUAUAAGAUAUAAAAUGUAAAAUGUAAUAUAGAAAAUAGAAUUAAGUACAAUAUUAAAA